AAUGCCAUUCUCGACAAAACUAAACUCUGAAGUCCCCAUUCACGAACGCACACUUCCCAACCUCUGCCGCCAAAUUACUACCCGAAAGAGCAAACCCCACUCAACGCACAACCGGGACCGGUUGGAUCAGUGGCUCCGAACGCCACCAAACCAAUGCUCAAACUCUGAUCGCUAAAGAAAAUGUCUCUGAACAAACGGUUCUCGUCCAGUCCACCACACCCCGCCGGGUGGACUCACGAUCUGAAGCAUCGAGUCAUCACCUGCCUCAACAAGCUCUCGGACCGAGACACUCUGGCCCUGGCCACCAACGAACUCCAGUCGAUCGCCCGAGCCCUCAGCCAGGACUCCUUCUCUCCCUUCCUCAGCUGCCUUCACAACACCGACGCCUCUUCCAAGUCUCCGGUGCGCAAGCAAUGCGUUCAUCUCCUGACUCUCCUCUCUCACUCCCACGGUAACUCCCUGUCUCCCGUUCUCUCCAAAAUGAUCUCCACCGUCCUUCGCCGUCUCCGUGACCCCGACUCCGCCGUGCGAUCGGCCUGUGUUGACGCGGUCGCGGCCAUGUCCUCACAAAUCACAAAGCCGCCAUUCUCCGCGCUCUUUAAGCCAUUGAUGGACGCUGUCACUCUCGAACAGGACCUCAACUCGCAGAUCGGGUCCUCUCUGUGCCUCGCCGCGGCGAUUGAGGCCGCACCGGACCCGGAGGUUGAGCUCUUGCGCAAGAGUUUGCCGAGGCUGGGGAAACUGGUGAAGAGCGAAGGGUUUAAGGCCAAGGCGGCGCUGUUGGUCCUCAUCGGGAGUGUCGUUGGAGUUGGCGGGGCUUCGAAUCGAGGAGUGUUGGACUGGUUGGUACCGUGUGUGAUUGAGUUCUUGAGUAGUGAGGAUUGGGCGGUGCGGAAGGCCGCGGCGGAGGCUUUGGGAAAGGUGGCGGUGUUGGAGAAAGAUAGAGCUGCAGAUUAUAAGGCGUCGUGUUUAAAUUCUUUGGAGAACCGGAGAUUUGAUAAGGUGAAGGUCGUACGGGAGACCAUGAAUCAUACCUUGGAGUUGUGGAAGGAAGUUCCUUGUGCGCCUGAGGAGGUCUCUGUUUCAUCUCAUUCUAAAUCAUCUUCAACAGAUAACAGUACUGGCGGAUGCUUUCAUCCCAUCUCCCAAAGUCCAAAUAAUGACGUCUUUAAGACUCCUAAAACAAAGAAAACAGUCCGCACAAACAGGUCCCCACCCUCUGCUAUUUCUGUGACCUCUACCAACAGAGAAAGUCAUCAGAAGAGUAAUGACAGGCAUUCAAGUGCAGACAUGUUUUCUAAGCUGGAUCACAAGGAAACCUCUGGUUGCAAAAUUGAAGUUGCGGUCCCAAACUCCUCCUCGUUGAAGUUGGCUUGUGAAGAUGGUAUGAGGAGGAGUUUCGUCAGGAACUUGGAAUCAGGAGAGAAUGAGAACGGUGGAAAUUCCAAGCCUGAAACAAAGCGUAUGCUCUUCAGCAAGCCCUGUGAUGAAAAAGUGCAUAAAUUUGGUAGUUUAAGAUCUGGGUCACGUGUGGUACCAUUUCAAGAUGAUGAGAACCAUGACUUGAAUGCUGUAGUCAGCGACAUAGUUGAAGAGGCUCAUGAUAAUAAUAAAGAUGUUGAGGACUUUUCCUUAAUCCGUGAACAACUUCUUCAAAUUGAACACCAGCAAUUCAGUUUGUUAGAAGUUCUCCAGAGAUUCAUGGGAAGCUCUCAAAGUGGAAUAAAUUCCCUAGAGACACGUGUACAUGGCCUAGAGGUGGCACUGGAGGAAAUUUCGUAUGAUUUGGCAAUAUCUAGUGGGAGGAUCCCAAACAUUGACUCUGCAGAAAACACAUGUUGCAAGCUGCCUGGUGCCGAAUUCUUGAGUUCCAAAUUUUGGCGGAGAGCAGAAGGCCGGUAUUCUACUUCAAGGUUCCCUUCUUCUGAUCCAGAAAGUAGACAAUUUCAACCUCAGACUAGGAUUGAAAAUGUUAUAAAACCAUUGGAAGGCGGACAUGAAGACUCGAGGGGGAACUUAAGACGUUAUUCAAACAGUAAACCUAAUAACAUAAUCCAAGACGUUGAAAGGGUACAAUUUUGCAAUGCCAGUAGAUUUAAUGGGGCUUCACUUUCUAGUUUUACCGCACAUUGAACCUGAGCGACAGAUAAUGUGCUUAGUUGGAAUGGAGUUUAAAUGGCCAAUCUCAGCUGAGGGGCAGGCAUUAUGGGUCAUCAAAAUAUCAAGAUGACAAGGAAUUGCACCAGGCUGUUGAUCAAGUCUUCCGUAGAGGUGCAUGAGUGCUACAUUUCAUGAGGCGGAAUUGUCUUUUUUUAUUUUAUUAUUAUUAUUAUAAUUUAUUAGAGGCAGCAUUCAGUUUAAAAUGCCAUACUAGAGCAAGUCUUCUUUGCAUGUGUGAAUUUAUAUCGUAUCCGUGCCAUUGCCCUACCUGUGGAAAGGUUUAAUUUGUACAUAAAUGCUCACACAUCACACAUAUUUCCAAGGCUUCCUCUUGCUGGUUCUAUGUAGUAAAUAAGCAUCAAUAUAUUGGGAUAUAGAAGGCCUGCUGGGAGUAUGCUAUUUGCUAA